AUGAAGAAAUCUCCACACACAAACAACAGCAGGAAGUUGAUGGAGCCCCGGCUGACGGACCCCGAAAUUGACGCCGCCCUUCAGCUCAUACAGCUCAGCGGCGACUCCGCCGCGAGGACGGCGGACCACAGCCGCGAGGAAAGCGUGGGCGAUUCUCACGAGAUAUCCUCCAACUUGGAGAGGGCAAUUAACGGCGAGCUCGAGUGGCUCCCUCGAAGGAAAAAGCGAUUUCGAUCCAUAGACGACGUUUACAGCGCCACCAGGCCGUUAAUUAAGAAGCGCGGUAAGAAAUCCAUCGACUGGUGA